GUUUUAAACUUCAGCAGAUUGAGAACCUACUUUCGAAGCUGAGAAAUCAAGUAAAACAAGGAAAAAGGUUAGUUCACUCACUUGGCAUUGAAUUCGUUCAUUAAAACUUGAAUUUGACCUAGAAGGCGCGUUUCAUUGGCCUUCAGAUUAUGAUGUUACGAGAGAUCCAAGAUGCGCUGGGUGGGAAGUCACCAACUGUUCAUGAAGAAAAAAAUAAAAGGUUUUGGAAGUGUCCUCAACCAAACUGUCACGGCCUUGCUUGUCCCACUGACUUCAGGUGUACUAUGUGCAACAAAGUUAUUGAUUUAUCUGAUACCUCUCUGAAGUCUUCUGCUAAAACAGAACCUGUCAUACCAUCAUCCAAUGGUACACCAUCGGUGAAGAGAUCAAGGAUGGCCAACAACAACCAUCUUGUUCCUCUUAACAUAUUCAGUAUCGGAAGAUCAGGGAUUUUUGAUGGCCGUGCUGAAGAUUGUUGCAUCAGUUCAACUUCCAUUUCAUGCAAAGUUAAAGUAGAAGGCGUGUGGACUAGUGUCACCAUCCAAUACAAUAAUAUGGAAAUGCUUGUUUUCUGCGAAACCCUCCAAGUGAUUUUCGUCAAACCAUCUAUUUCUUUCAAGACACAGCUUUCUGAAUUGCUUAGAAUCAAGGAAUUGAUUUUGCCAAGCGUCAAAUGGUUAAUUUUGGUAUUCCGGGAACCAUCUGCUAGCGACUUGUUGUAUAUAACAGUAGAUGAUCUCGAAGGUUUAGCCAAUCGAGUUCGUGAAAAUGGAUCUUGUGACAUAAAUUGUAGUGCAGAAAAGGCUAGAGAAAUUCUUUCUAGUUGUGGCCUUCGUCUGCCACGUGCUGAAUCUAAAAGGACUAAUUCAACUUUUCGUGAGUCUCAGAUUUCUAACCAAGUCGAUCAAACUCAAACCAAGUCUGACAAGUAUCCCAUUUCAAAUUUGGAAUCUAGUUCAUCCCAAGUUGACAAACACACAAAUGAGGGAGGUCUGCUGACUGAUGUGAUAAAUACUCUUACUCAUUCCGGUAUCCAACUGACAAAUAACUCAAGUUCACUUCCUCAGGAAAGCGGAAAUACUAUCCAAGGAAAACUGACAAUAGGUGAAUGUAAUAAAGAAUGUGACGAUUUAAUCAUUCUCUGUGAAGAAAAUACUGGCGAAUGGAUUCAGAAUGCUAGGUCAUCUGCUUUGACUAACAGUGGCAAUCCUCAAACUGAAUCAUCUACGAAUCCUGAUGACGAUUCCUUGAAGUUCGACUACAAACCUCCUGGGUCUACUGACAGUAUAACAAUAACCAAUAAUGAUAUUGAGUGUCUUGCACCUGGAGCUCUUUUAAAUGAUGCUAUAAUUAACUUCUAUCUCAAAUAUUUGUAUUUCGAAAAGCUCACAAGUUUCCAAAAACAAGCCACUUAUUUGUUCAAUGUAUUUUUCUACAGUCGGCUGGCGAGUGGUGGUUAUAUAUCGAGUGAUGUACGUAGUUCAACAUUCUCAACUAAUUUACCAAAGACUUCAGAAACCACAGAUGAGUAUGUACAAAUAUUACGAAGUUUGGUGUUUUUAUUAAUGUUAUUUUUUGUAUUAUAUCUACGUUCCUUUCCUCGUAAAUUAUAUGUGUUCGUUAGUUUUUAUGUUAUGUGUUUUUGUGUUUUACUUUCACUUUAAAAUGAAAUCUCACUUCAAAAUUACAGGUAUUUAUUACACUGUUUAUCGUCAUAAAUUGUAUCGGAUACCAUACAAUAACCAAUCUUACUCUCUCUUCCAUAUCUCAUCAUCUGCCCAUAUCAAUAAAAAAAUAUGAUAACUAUUCAAGUAAUAGACACAUCAACUAAGCUCAUAUUGCUUUUACGACUUCGAAAAUACAUGCAACACUCACAUUUUCACGUUGCAUAUAUUCAAGCUUUGAUUUUCAAUGCAUACCAAUAAUUUUUAACGCAACCGUAACACACCUCUAUAGAGUCAUACCAUAGUUCAGAACCCGGCAAAUAUUGGUUCUCGAGAGACGUAAUGGUUUUCGUUCUCGUCGAGGAUGCAUCCAUCCGAUCUUCAUACCGUUUCAAAGUUUAGAACACUGUCAUUCUUAUUACAGGCCAAAAAUCAUAGUGUUUCUUAACGUUAUUGCCCCCUUCACUUCUUUGGACAGGACUGUUGACUGAAAUUGUCCAUUAAAGAAGAGUUUGUUUGAGAAGUUUAUUCACAACUUAAGAGACCUAUAUACGAAUACCUCAGGUAGAGUGAGAGCAUACAACCACCUUUCUCCAUUGUUCUAUUCAAGCAGUGGGGAGGCUACACAAUCUCACGAUUCGUCUUCAACUUUGCCAUUGAUGCGAUUCUGGAUACAGCUCUGAUGGAUGUACGUAAUGGUGGUGUGGAUUUGUCAUCUGGAAAACGACACUUUGGCCUUGAGUGUGUGGACGAUAUUGUGUUACCGUGCGAUGAUAUCAAAACCAUGCAGUCCGCACUUAAUCAGUUAGCAGUUAGUGUCCGUAGGUAUGGCAUGCGGUUAACACCUUCCAAGUGCAAAGUACUUUUACAAGACUGGUAGCACCUACUGUGCUUGGUCAUUGUUGUCUUCGAAGAAUUGCUAACACCAUCUUGAAACAUCGACUUCGGUGACUUGGACAUGUCUUAAGAAUAUCAUCACAGUCAGUUCCACAUCGUGUAUUAUUUGCCGAUUCAAUGACCAGUUGGAAAAAGAGGAGGGGUGGUCAGUGCACGACAUAGUGUCGUGGUAUGAAAGAAAGCUUUACAGGACUAGCUUCUGUUGUUGGUUCAUGACUCCCUGGUCGGGGCUCUAGGUAUGGUGCAACACAGGAGCUUGAUAUGUCAUCAGAUAUGGCUCAGAACAGAAGCUAGUGGCGAUCGUGUUGUAACCUUCUUUUACCUUCAUGAAAGUGAAUGUAACUUCUUUAACUGAAACAAUUUUUUCUAGUUGUAUUUUUGUUGACUGAACUGUUUCUCCCAUUAUUAUUUCACUCUCACACACUAGUUUCCGUUCAUUGUUGGUCUUCUUUUAUUAUACUCACCCUACAUUCCUUAUCCUUUCAUAACCUCAUUGUUAUUGUGUGGCACACAUAUAUUUGGUUCCCCCUUGUACUAAUUUAUGUGUUCAAAUAAAUAAAUACCUUUCAAUUUAUUAUUAUAUUAAAUAAAAAGACCCUAAUUUUAAACUGUAUAUAUCAGGCUGUAUCCGGUUAAUUAAGUUGCUCCAAGCAUAUUUGAAAUGAUUUAUUUAUAUCAGCAUAGAAAGUUACUGUAUCCAUAAUAAAAUCAAAGUCGUUUAUUGCUAAUCAGGAUCUUAACAGAAUAACGAUCUUGUAUGGAGGAAUGAAGAUAGUUACAAGAUUAUACACAAAAUAUAAGCAGACUCAAUAUUCAUUAGAAAUACUGCGUAUUAACAAGAUGAAGUCUAAAUCAGCAUUUCAAGCUAGUCGAUUAAAUACUGACAACAGAUAUGAAGUGAUAUACUGAUUUCGGGAUCUAAUGAGUUGUGAGUAUUGAAGUGCUCUAAUCAAUAGUUUGAUAAGUUCCGAAAGAAAUACGAUUGUCCCUCCUAAGGAGUCUUCCGGUUAAAAUUGCGAGUGCCUUAAGAUCUUACUAUAUCUCUAUACAAAUAAUAUUCAUUUUCUAAUAAACUUUCCUCUCCUCUGGUUUUCUACUGGCAAAACCUGUAAUCACUUUUUAUUGGAGUAAACACCUCAUUAAAUCCAUCAUACUUUGUUGUUCUCAGUCAGUCUUUGGCAACUUUGAGAUCUAUAACAAUUAUGUAUGGCAUCGGGUUGUCGUGUCUUACAUUAUCAUACCGAGAGAACAAGUUAAAACACGGGAAGCGGGAAAACUGGUGAAAAUCUAACUAAGAGUUAAAUAUUAAAAAGUACAUGUGAAACCGAAGAAUAAACUGUGCAGAAUGAUAAUGAGCUCAACAUUUACAGAAAUAUAAAUAAUCAGUUUGAUUGUUUCAAUGGGAUCGAUUUUGACCUUUGUCACCAAACCACGGAUUACGACUAUUGUGACUGGAAACAGUUGUGAACCUUGCCUUAACUCACCUAGCUCAGACUGGUUGUCAGUGACUCCAUGAACUCGUGCCAUGUCUUCACUUGGCCGCCUUUAGCCUUCUAACCUAAUUCUAUGUUAACCAGAAUAUAACUCUUAUGAGUAGUUAGUGGUAGAAUUUGCAUAACAUGGCUCAACCUCAUGAAUUGUUACACAUUCCAUCUAUCAACUUUUUAUUUGUUACUGCCUCACGAGUUCCAGGUUAACCGUUUUAUUUUUAUAAAUUCCACUUCACCGAAUUCUAAUUACUCAGUGAAUACGGCUGCCAGCCACCACAUUAAAAAACAUAUUGAUCAUGUGUUUUUUUCAAUUACUAAAUGCUUAUCCUUGAUUUUGUCUCGUGACAUUUUACAACUAUCAGCACUAACUAUAACAGCAAGAAAUCCCAUUGGUGAUGUUUAGCAUAUCUGAGAAGCUCAUAACGCAUUAAAACACUAUUCAUGAUGUAGAAAUAUCUCCAUACGAUCAUUAACGAAUUGUAGGCUUUAUGACAAAUUAAUUUUCCAUAUAUCCAUGACAUUUCCUUGUUGUUUCUUAUCAGACUAUACGAAAAAUAAGGUGGUGAAUGCAUGAAAAAUACUUCUAAAACUCACGAACAAAAAUAACUAUUGAUUUCACCAAUUCGAAAGAUACCAAACAUGUCACAAAAGUGAUUAGAAUACAACUCAUUAACUAAUCUAAAUUGACAUCUUUAUAUAUCAUUUAAGCGUGUAAGUUUCUUACAACUCCUAUUAGGGAUAUCAAGGAACAAAAAAGAUAAAGACUAAAAUAUCAAUCAUUAAUAACAGGAAAGUUGAGUACAAUAAUUGGUCAACUUAUUUCUCUCGAUUUCACUAAUAACAUAAUGUGGUGUUUGUUCUGUUAAGGAGAAACUGUGCAGCAUUAUCUCUGCUAUUUUGCUGUACUCACUGAAUCAGUAAUUUAUUCAUCCGCAUCGAAAGUUCUUAAUGAUCAUUACGAAAUUAUUUCAUCUGUAAUGUCAUUGCAUCAAAUUACGUUUAUCUCUGCUAACCGCAUGACACGAGUAAGCGUUAGUUGGGAAGAUUUUCUCUAUGUUUAUAUGAUUGACAAAUUCUCAACGAAAUUUGAAAAUAAUCCGACAAGUAUUCAAAAAAAUUCUCAAGAUACUACCACACCCUUCAGAAAAUAUUCAAUUCUUCCAUUUCCAAUUCAUGUUGUUUUCAUAGAACAAUUUUUGCUCAGCAUGCUAA